GCUUCUAUAUCACUGUGAGUACUGCUGAGUACUCCUAUAGGCACUGACAAUGGCCCCUGCAAGCACUUUCACGCCGAAGGCGUCCCUGACAGAAGCACCUACUAACCUCAAGGAGGCCAUUGACUGGGUCCUUAGGGUAACUGGUAGGGAUGGUAAGGCACUGAACAAGGAUACUGAAUGUAUAUGUGGCCUGGCGGCGGCAGUGACUGACCUACUGCAGUCAGUAGAACUGGAGUACAAUGGCUAUCAAGGUGAAGCCAAUGGAGAUGACACAAAAAAUGGCCCCCCAAAAAAGAGAGUCACAAUGUGCCUCAACGAACUAUUCUCCCUAGUCCAGGGACUAGGCGGUACUGCAGUGGUACGGACCUACAUAGACCAGCUGGCACAGGUACUCAGUGCACUAGUUGGGUGGAGUAAGAUAGAGAAGUGUGGUAAUGGUAGUAAUGGCAAGUGCCAGAAGGAUAACAAGAAACAUCAUGGCCUUGAUGGCUGCGCGUAUCUUAAUGAUAUAAAGCCGGAGAACAAGUGUGAGACGUGUGGGUGUAUGAAAUGGGAUGUGUCCGAUGCAGACCGAGAAGAGAAAGGACACCACCUAGGCAGAAGGUGUACAAGGUGUAGUGAUAGCGGUGGUAAGAGGCAUACAUGUAGCUGUGGUCCUGGUGAUGGUACCUGUCAGGGUCCUGACAGUUGCAAAUGCGCUUUAGCAGGCAAAUGCUGCAAGUGUUGUUGUAAGGGGAAGGGAUGUGGAUGUAGCGAUAAGUGUAGCUGUUACAAAGAGGACGGCUCUUACUGUCGUAUAUACCAUGACUCGUAUCAGUCAGCAUAUACAGCAUCUAAUGACCCGUACAUCGAGAAACACUACAUGACAACUACGUGGAAUGCGCUGGAUAGAUACACUGGUACAUUCCGUGACAUUAGUACUACUUCCUCCCAACGCCGCCACCAAUGUGCCCAAAUCCUACUAGGCUCAGUAUGUCUCAUCUGGAGUGGAGUGACUUACAUGCAUUGGACUGGAAAGUAUGCCAAAGGUAGCCCAUACUGGAACAAUCAUAUCCUGGAUGGUAGUGGUCUAGAUGAUGGAACACUAUCCCAAUGGCUUCAGGCCCUAGGGUUCCCUAGGGAUAUGCUUAAUAACGCUGCUCCAAAGAAUAGACUUGACAAGGUUAUAUGGGAUGGACUUAGGGAUAAGUUUUUCUUGGGAUUCCUGGAGCCUAGUGGCCUCAAUGAUGGUGGUAAAGUUAAUGACAUCAAUGGUAAUACAGCUAGAAGUCCUUUCGGCAUGAAUUAUGCCGGCUUUGUACAUACUGCACAUAGGGAUUCAUUCAACAAUGAAGCUACUGUAUUCACGAAUGGCAGCGGCUCUAGUAUUACUGAGACGAACCAGCACAAAAACGGAGCCAUAUUCAAGCUCUAUAUUCUAUCAUGUGCCUACUUCACAGGGUUACAAAAGAAAGCUAUUCCCACUACCACUAAGACUCCCAAGACCAUCAGGGAGAUCCUAUACUGGCUAAGUGCAUUGCCCUAUAGUCAGGCAUAUAAGGAGAUGCUCACCUAUGCCAAAAACAAACUAAAAGAUGUUACCAAAAAACCCGGAGACACUGAAUCUAGCAGUGCAAAAGAGACACAACUCAAAUUCCAUCAAACAGGCCUCACACAUCCCUUUACAGUUGAUGAAUACAACCUGUUUGCCCACUUCCAAGCAGUGACCCAGUACUGCCCACUGGUCCUCAUAGGUAUCCAGGGUGGAAUACACAGCACUGACAAAACACUAGGACCUGCCAUCCACUCCUUAUACUCCAACACGGAGUGUAAAUUCACCUACCCAGCAGUGCCCAUCCAAGCAUACAACCAGGUGGUCCACUACAUUAGGGCUCUGUUCUACCAGCUCUAUUUCCUUAGGAAGCAAUGUGCAGUGAAGGUCACUUGUGGAGGGAAAUGGCGUGAGUGUAGGUAUGGCAGUGGAGUGGUCUCCAAGGGGGUAAUCAGCUGGAUGUGCCUGGGGUGUAACCCCAUGGAACAUGAUAGGAAAAAGAGGGUAGAGGAUCUGAAGAAGGGGUUGGAUGGGAUGAAGACAGGCAGUGAUUCACUUAUAUCGGCAGUAAAAACACUAUUGAAGGCUAUUGGUGAAGUGGUGAUACAAUUGGGCAAUGCCCAGGAGGCAUUGGAAAGGAGGAAGGGGGAGGAGAUCACUAAGGUGAAGGUGAAACUACAGGAGGCUGAGAAGGGACUGGAUAAGGCUAAGAAGGAACUAGAGGGGGCGGUGAAGAAUGAUAGGCUGAAUGGGAAUCUAGGGACGGCUAAGAAGAAACUAGGGGAGCUGACGAAUAAUGGUGGUAAUAGUGGAAUACUAGGGGAGUUAGCUGGGGAUCGUGGACUAGAGAAGGCCACGAAUAAGGGUGAGUAUGAUCCCGGUAAGAACAAGAUAAGUGAGGCUAUCCACAAAGUACUGGAAGUAUUGAAGCUAUUGAAGGAUGAACUGAGUAAUACGAAGUCUACUUUUACGAGUACACUACCGGAUUGGGUAGGAAAUGAGUUCAUGAAAGCCAUCAAAGAACUCAUCUCCCUAUGCAACACCGCAAAGUGCAGUGCAUGUGACUCACACUCCAAGAAGUGUGGCCAACCAUCAAAUCCCACUGUCUGUCCAGUCUGUCUCCAACCCACCACCACCGGUGUUCCCUCCCCCCUCCAGGCAUUCCUCGAGGAUAGGCUACCAGGCUUUAGUUGUAGAGAAGUACCACAAGACGAGAACCCAGAGUACCCACCCGCUGCAUCCCACUUGGGACACUGUAAUGGCUCUGGCCAAUGCUGCCCAUUGCCAAUGGGAUUUAGAGGGCAAUUCCACAAGGGAGGCACUAGUGACAUGACUGGCUCAAGACUCUAUGGCAUCCUCUACUUCUUUAGUAAUGAGAACAUGAUGCAGUCGUGUGUUUAUACACUAGUGAGAGUAACAGCAGCACUCAGUGCUACGACACCGCAGGUACUGGGUGAUGUAUUCGGGUUCUUUAGGGGUGGUAUCGGAGAGAAGGAAAGUGGGAAGACUAAGAAUGGAGAGACAAACAAGGCGUGCGAGCACAAUAAGGACCCAUCUAAGAAAGGAGAUGAAGAUUACUUUUGCGGCUGGUGUGCCUCUGGGUUACGGGAUGUAGUAAAACAAAUAGAGUGGAUUCCAAAGGGAGGAGACAGUGAUAAAGGAGGGAAGUAUAGAGGAAGUGUAGGACAAGCACUGAUACAGAUUAAAGGCGACAAGGAUAGUGCUCAACAGCCAGCUCCACAGUCCAAUAAUACAUCCCUCUCACGACUCACACAGAACUGCCAAUACCUUUCCCCCCUAACCGGUGAACUCUAUACAGCAGUGAGUGCCACGUUCGGUGGAACAUACCUCUCAUGGGUACUCUAUCUAUCAGAUGCACUUCAUUCAGGACUAGAGUCACUCUCUGACGCAUUCAAGCAGAUUGAAUGCCGGGGCUGUAAGGGACAGUGUGAUCCCAAUAAGUGCAAGAAGGGAAUGCACGGAAAGGACAGUGGCCUGUGUGGGUGCCAAUCAAUCGUAUCAUGUACCGGGGUACUACCAGUAUUGUAUAGACAUGGCUUCAGCUACGGUAACCCAUUCAACCUGGAGGGGUAUGAACAGAAAGGGGAGGAGAAGGGAGAUUAUAGCAUAGAGAACACGAAGACUACUAAGCGGUGUCACGAGUUCUUGGACAGUCUUAGUGCAGUGAUCCAGAACAAGCAGGACCAGGACCAACACCCCCUCACAGAACUCCUCACCCAAGUCGGCCAGCUCCAAUACGACAUACGUCUCCCCUGGAUCUUUGUACUGACCAUAGCCUGGCUAGUAGCAGUGCUAUACCUAGCAUUUGGUGCCAUAUGGCCACUGGACUGGACACAUAUGAGGUCACAUUGGUUACGGGGUGGAGAGCACCAGUGGCAAUGUAUGUGGUAUAAGGUUAUGACGGGGAGGAAGGGAGUGGAUCUGAUGGAGUAUUUUGGAUGGAGGUAGUGGUGACGUAGUGGCGCCUUCGGCGCAACAGUGCUAUAAUGUGGUAGUUAGUAUCGGGGGUAGUAAUGUGGAGCAGUCU